ACCCAUAUUGAAAAAUGAAAUGCAGGCCAAAUUUGCAUCAAAGAGUAUGCAAAAAAAAAUUGGAAUUUCCAAUGGUUUUUCCCUCGCAAGGAGUUUGUUUUUAUGGCAAAAUUUUAAUAGGGGUUCCAGGCCAGAGAGGAUCACCAUAAAAUCAUAAAAUGCCCUAAAGGUGUAUACGGGAAAGAGAGAUAGAAGUCUGCGAGAUGUGAGUGAACAAAGCCACUUUUGGGGCGCAUGUCGCAUUUCCCGGUGGACCAAAUCAUCCUUUCGAUGGUUGGAGGUGGUUCAGUUGUAUGGAGAUUGUUGUCCUGGACAGUUGGGGCUGUUUCUGUGUUCCUGCCAGAACGCUAGAAAAGAGUAAUAAUAUUUUUUUGGGAGUGUGUUGAAGAGGAAAAAGAGAAGCGUUGCUUCCAGAAAAAGACACACGAAGAUUGAAGUCGGAUUUUCUGUUGCGCCGGCUUCCAAGUCAACACACUUCUGUCGUGCUUUCAGUCCAAUCUGAGUCUCUAGCGUGGAAUGUUGCGAGUGUGAACAACUCCUGAGAUUCGUGUGCCCAAGAGAUCUCUGAUGAGUGAAUCAUCCUGUGAGGUGAAUCUAAAAUACCGAUAGUAAUUGAAAAAGAAAAAAAAGCUCAUUCGAGGAAAGUGUGAGUGAGAUUUCCUCCCCAAAACUUGUGACUCUCCAUCAAAAGUUCUUUUACUGCAGAAUUGCUAAAAGUGCAUAGAAUUAUCCAGAUAGUUACAAAAAAAAAGUGGACACUUAUUUUUCUGCGUUCUUCCCCCCUCAAAAAAAAAGAAAGAAAGAACCAGUGAUUGAAAAUUCCUCCCAUUUGGCGAAUGUCUCUCAAAUGUAUCACGAGAGGAGUGCUUGUGUUUGGAUGAUUGAGAGUAUUUAACGAUUUAAAUAUAAAUUAAUUAGGGGAGACGCGAAGGAAAAGGCGCUAAAAAAGACCACGAAAAGUGUUGUGCUUGAAAAGUAAACCGUACAAACAGAUGUAAUUUUCGAAAUUACACCAUAAGUUUGCUCAAAUCACUUUUUGGUGUGACGCUCUGCAGUUCCAGCUAAAAAUAUUCCUGCCACGAGAAAGGAAGGAAAACAAGAAAGGAAGGAUCUGCUUGGGAGGAGCUUUCUAUUCCCUGGGUGAAGUCCUUGAAAAGGGAGGCAGAAAAAAUGGCAGAGUGGAAUCUGUCUCCUCUGGACACAAUGUGAAGUUACAAAAAAAAAGUGUUGUGUGUUUUUCUUCGUGCAAAAGUAAUUGCAAAAUUGUGUUGAGAGUGGUGUGCGGAUUUUUAUUUCUUCUCAUCCCAGCCACUCUUUGGACUCUUUGGUGUGGUGAACGUAAAGAACAAUAUAUUCGAAAACGCCGGGGACAAGAGAGACCAUAACUAAUUUGGUGAACGGUGUAAGUGCGAGGGUCCAGAGAACAUAAUCGACAAUUGGCAUAUUUGAUCCUCUCCCAUCCCCCUUUUUGUGGACCACAUUAAAUCACUGUGCUACCCACAAAUAGAAAAUAUGACCCGAAUAUAUGUGAAAAUAUCGAAUGACAAAUUGAGCGGAGCAGAGUGCUGGGAAGGCACCAAGGCGACCACCUCGAGGAGGAGUACCAGGAAGAUGAAGAAAACUCACGUUUCAGCAAUGGGCUUCAUAUUCCUGCUGCUGACGGUGCUCGUGGAUUUGACCUCGGCCGGCUGGUGGCAACUCCCAAUAAUUCCCUUCUACUCCACACACGGAGGAUUACACAGUGAAUCAUCACAGAAGUUGGCCAGGAAUCAGCUGUGCCACAGUUACGAGAAUUCCUCCUUUGAUGUUCGCAGGCUGUGCUCGAUUAGCAACAAAGCCAUCGAGAUUGUUGUUCGGGGAGCUCGUAUUGGUCUCGAAGAGUGUCAGUAUCAGUUUCGUCACAGCAGAUGGAACUGCACAGCAACUCCCAAUUCUACAUCACUCUACGGCGAAGUUCCGCUGACCAAAAGUCGCGAAACUGCCUAUAUUCAUGCCAUAAAUGCAGCAGCUCUUGCAUGGUCCAUGACCCAGGCUUGCUCGAAGGGCGAACUCACAGAAUGUGGAUGUGACAACACAAAACGAAAGCGGAAGAAAAAGUGGCAGUGGGGCGGAUGCUCAGAUGACAUCAACUUUGGCGUCCAGUUCUCACGGAGGUUCAUUGAUAGUGAGGAGGAUAAUACGACAGAGACGGGCUUAAUGAAUCUACACAACAAUGAAGCUGGUCGAAGAGCCCUUCGAUCGAGGAUGCAUUUAAUGUGCAAAUGCCAUGGUAUGUCGGGCUCAUGUACCACCAAAGUCUGCUGGAAGCGGAUGCCGUCCAUGCGAGUGGUUAGUGAGGCUCUUGGGCAGCUCUACGAUGGAGCGUCUCAUGUCAAGUUUAUCUCUCGAGGAGCUAAACCACCAAAGCUGAAACCCAAAGAACUGGAUCACAAGAAGAUCAUGAAGACGGGACUUGUGUACUUGGAGGAAUCUUCAGACUACUGUGAGCGCAAUGAAGAGUUAGGUAUCCUCGGAACACAUGGCCGAGUGUGCAAUAGGACAUCACCCGGUAUCGAUGGAUGCCGGUUGCUGUGCUGUGGUCGUGGUUAUCAGACUCGGGUCCGGCAUGUUGAAGAAAAGUGCAACUGUCAAUUUGUGUGGUGCUGCAAAGUAAAAUGUGACAUGUGCAACCACACAAGAGAAGAGCAUAUUUGUAAUUAGAGCGCGUGAGCCAAAAAAAAAAACUAAAUUGUGACAAGCAUAGUUGGGUUAAUUCUUGAGCAAUUGUAUUAACUUCCUCAUUUUUUAUCAUGUGUAACACGCUGUACAUAUAUUUAUAGAGAUUUUUGCGACGUAAGUUAUUUAUUGCCAAUAUGGCAGCCCUUCGACAUCUUUUUGUCCCAUCGAAUCAUCCUAACCUCAUAUUUUCCUAGGCACAAACUCCCCCAUUUUCAUAUCGAAAGUCACUUUCUUUGCGAAGGAUGUUUAUUUUGCAUGUAAGAUCUAGAGAGAGCCUGCAAUAUAUGUACUUAAUUAUUGAAGGAGCGUAUAAAUUAGAGAAAAAAAUCGAGUAUUUUGUAUUGGAAUUUCUUUCAUUUCUAGCAACAUAAACUAAAGAAAAAAAAUAUAGAUAACAAUUGAACGAAGAUCAAACAAUGAAUUCUAUUUUUUCAGCCAAAUGCUGAAAAUUUCGUAUCAAUUGAUAAAUGCCAAAGCUUCAUUGAAUUUUUUUAUACACACUAAGAAGAAGGAUUAAGAAAACUAAAAAAAUAGACAUAGUAGUAAAUAGAAAAUAGUGAAGAAGCAGAAAAAACUACAUAAGUAUUAAAAAUGGAGGAAAGAAAACAAUAAAAUACACUAAAUUAUACAAUUAAUACUCAGAAAAUAAUAUUUUCAUGAAUUAGAAUUCAUGCAAUUUUUGAGCAGAGCGACGAAAGUAAUAAAGAGCCUCAUUAUCUUAUUAGACCAAGAGGGUAUUCCUUGCAAUGUGUCAUUAUUUUUAAGAUAACCUCAAUUCUUAAAAAAAACGGUUUUUAGUAAUGUCCUUAAUAAGCUUAAAAUUCUCUAAUUUUGUAACAAAUUAAACCUUAUGAGGUUGCAAAUUAGAACAAAACCCGAUAUCUAGGCGAUGUCGAUAUAAAGAAAAUAUCAAAGCAUUGAAAAUAACUUAGGUGACUGCAACGUUCUUUGAAGGAUCGGAUGUGUAAAUGUGUAAUUGUAUCUACAAAUCUCUUUAUACAGUAGAGUUCCUCAAAUUUGAGCAUUUGGGGGUAUAGAUGACAUUUCACACUCCUCAAAAUUUAAACAAUAUUUUCAAAGGCGUAAAAGAAUUCAUGUAAAAAUCACUUUCCCUAAAGUAGGGAAAAUAACAUUAGAGAAUUUUAUCAAUUGAAUUUGUUGUUAAAAAUGUGGAAUUUGCUGAGUAAAUUAAUAUAAUACGACAAUAUUGAGGAAAUAACAAAGAAAAAUAGUUUUAGAUCAGACUCCAUGCAAAAUUUCUUUUACAUAACCUCAUAUUUUACAUUUUGAAUGCAACCGUCGCGUCGUUCAAAUUUGAGGAACUCGACUGUACUGAACUUGCUUUUGUAGGUGAAGGACGUAAUUUGGUGAAUUGAUUAUAAUAUUAGGUUUUGUUCGAUAAUCCCCUAAAAAACACACCAGAGGAAAAGAAAUUUUCAUGCUCAAUAAUUUCACGUAAAAUUUUCUUAAAAUUAUAAAAAUCUGAUAUUUUUUCUUACAAACCAAAUAAUCCAUAAAUAUUUUAAGUAUAGGGUGAAAAGAACGUCUAUUGACACUUUAAGAACUCUUGUCAGCACCUAGUGACACCCUACUCUGUACCAUUUAGGAUAUGAAAUUUGAACAUCUCUGUUUAUAUUAAAAGGUAUAUUACAGAAAAAACGUUAUAUUACUUAUAUUUUACUAGAUACAUUGAAUAAUUUUCAACAUUUUGGCAAAAGUGUCAAUAGUGGUUCCCUGUCGAACAGACGUUCCUCCGACCCUACCUAGGAUUUUGUAAAUUUUGAGGUUAAAAUUUCAUUCAUUUUACAUUCUGCUAUGUAAAUUAAUGUUUUUUUUUCAAAUUCUGAUUUUGUUGAUCUAAUUUGUUGACCUCACAUCACCUUCUUAGUCAAAUAAGAAAAUGAGUGCGAAACUGUAACUUUCAGCUUGGAAGAAAAAAAAACACAGAGGAUAAAAAAACCGUGUAGAUGUAUAAAAAUGGAUGUAAUUAAAGUAAUUUAUUGUGUAACCUUCAAGUAAGAUAGCAAUUUUAGAGGUGAAAACACGGAGAAAGCACAAUUUUCUGAAAUAAAUUUAAAUAAAAAAAAAUCAAAGGCUGAUGAUGAAGAAAUUUUUCCAAUGAGAAGUAUUUCGUAUUGAAUUCGUCUCCAAUAGACAUCAUAAACGCAUUUAAAAGUAUAUAUGAUGAUGAAAAAAAUUUGUGUAUGAGAUGUAGUAAUAAAAGUUUCAAAUUCAAAUAAUAAAAAAAAA